UUUUUUACGAUAACGUUAGGUAUGUAAGAUAUCGAUAAAUUAAAACGUUAAUAGGAAAUAAUCGCAUCACAAAUGGCAUAAUUGGUUUUCACUCAUUCAAAAUUAUUGUACUGUAGUUAUUCUAAAGAGGGUUUAGACAACGUAAAUCGAUUAUACUUUUAAAGAUGGCUACGAAAUUGACCACUGGUUUGACAGGUUUGGUAGUGGCAAGUAAUCCCCAUCACACUUUGAGUGCUCUUUACGGUAAAAUAUUACGAGCUCUUACCAAAAUGCCUCAGGAUGCUUCAUAUAGGAAAUAUACCGAAAAAGUUGUCCAGAACAGACUGAAAGCAGUAGAAGCGCACAAAGACGUUAGCGCUUUGGAAAAAGAAAUUGCUUGUGGACAAGUAGAGGAACUAAUUGUACAAGCUGAGAAUGAACUCAUUUUAGCCCGCAAAGUGUUAGGAUGGAAGCCUUGGGAAUCUUUGGUGAAACCAGCACCUCAAAAGCAAUGGAAUUGGCCACCGGCAAAAAUUGACGAGCCAGUGGUCUAAAUAAUAUGAUAAUGUUAAUAAAGUGAUAAAACCGCGUCUCACAGGAAGGGACUUAUCUACAUAUUUUUGAUAAGUCCCUUCCUGUGAGACUGUUUUAAUAAAAUGUUCAGAAAAUAUAGUUGCAGUUGUCGUGUAAUAAAGCGUUAACCACAUAUAUUCGCCCUGCUGACA